CAGACAGCCGCCGUGGAAAACCGAAGCGGAUCCACGUGACCCGCCUGUCGGGAUCAUCAGCAGCGCUACACGCCCGUGAGCGCAGACCGCUGCCGCACCAGAGAUCACGGCGACCGGCUUCACUCGCGGAAACGGAGCACACAGCGCGCGAUCAGUCCGGACCUGAUGACGGUGCUCGGGAUGUGGAGGCUGCAGUGACGGGAGAGACUCCUUCCCAGGAGUCCUUGUGUCUGGAUUACCUUCAGCUGAGCGAGCAGACACAAAGGUGGACGCGGGCGGUACAUGAUCUUCUCCGGAACGAAGUCCCACCCUGACCCCUGACCCCAGUGACCUUCAGCAUCUUCACAGCCUCCUUGACCCGGCUCCUCUCAGUCCUGCCCCUCAGCAUCCGUUGCCAUGGCAACAGCCAAGCCCAAAGGGCAGAACUCGCUGGCCCUGCACAAGGUGAUCAUGGUUGGGAGCGGCGGAGUGGGAAAGUCCGCUUUAACUUUGCAGUUCAUGUACGAUGAGUUUGUGGAAGACUACGAGCCCACGAAAGCUGACAGCUACAGGAAGAAGGUGGUCCUGGACGGCGAGGAGGUGCAGAUAGAUAUCCUGGACACAGCCGGUCAGGAGGACUAUGCGGCCAUCCGGGAUAACUACUUCCGCAGCGGCGAGGGCUUCCUCUGCGUCUUCUCCAUCACCGAACUAGAGUCUUUUGCAGCGACGGCUUAUUUCAGAGAGCAGAUUCUGCGGGUGAAGGAAGACGAGAACGUCCCCUUCCUGCUGGUGGGGAACAAGUCUGAUCUGGACAGGAGACAGGUGAGCGCCGACGAGGCCAAAGCCAGAGCGGAUCAGUGGGGCGUGUGCUACGUGGAGACGUCUGCUAAAACACGCGCCAACGUAGACAAGGUUUUCUUUGACCUCAUGAGGGAAAUUCGUGCUAGGAAGAUGGAGGACAGCAAGGAAAAGAACGGAAAGAAGAAGAGUAAAAGUCUGGCCAAACGAAUCCGCGAAAGAUGCUGCAUUUUAUAGUGUCUGCGAUCAUUUACUCUCCUCCUUCUGCAUAUGUACCUGUACGUUCUAUAGUUUUGCCAACUAAUCCUCACCUGCGAUGUUUCCUGCUGUUUGUGUGUCAGAUUAGAGGAAGCACGGUCUGAUGCAGUUGAUUUCAUAGAUCCAUGCAGCAGAGUCCAAGCC